AUGCUCGACGACGCGCGUGGCUGGCUGCUCGCCCAGCUCCAGGCAGCCAAGCCUUCUUUCAUCUCCAAGAAGCCGCAUUUCAACUUCAUCUCGGCCCACUACUUCUGGAUCUGUGGCCUCACUAUACUGGGUUCCAUCCUGAUUUACGCCAGUGCCGGCGGGCAGAUGGCAUAUAUCGAUGCACUCUUCUUUGCCAGCGGAGCCAACACUCAGGCCGGCCUCAACACCAUUGAUGUAAACCUGCUCAACACCUUCCAGCAAAUAUGUCUUUACUUCUUCACCAUGACCUCCAAUCCCAUCACCAUCCAUUCCUCUGUCGUCUUCCUUCGAUUGUACUGGUUCGAGAAGCGGUUCCAGACCGUCGUCCGCGAAGCUCGUCAGCGGAGGAACACUAUAUCCAAGUCUAUGUCUAGGGCCCGCGGAGACGACCUAAACCAGGCUGAGAGAGGCCGCAGCUUGAGCGUGCGAAAUAUCAAAGUCAUGCACAGGAACGGCCAGCGCACCCGGAUGACCAACGACGGCAUUCUACUUGACAUGAAGGAGGACGAAGACGGCCGAGUAUCCCCUGGCAGCAACGGCUUUGUCCCUAUCCCCGGCACACCAGCCCACCAUCUCUCCACAGAGCAGACGUCGGACAGAGCCCCAGAAUUUCAGGAUGGUUCACAAGUGACGGAUGUAUCACAAGGUCGCAUCACUUUCGCCCGAAACGUUUUUAGAAGCGAUGGUACCGAGCCGGAAGUGAAGCUCCCACCGCCGUCUUCUCCCGCGCACUUGGCUAUUCUUGAGCGCCAACGCAAUGGCCACGACGAGGAGACCUUACGAAUUCCGAAUCCUAGAGACGCCGAAAGAGGUAUGAAGCCGAAGCGAGUCGAAGACGGUGAUGCCCCAGAGCCCGAAGAUGACAGAGAUGAUCCUACUCCCCACGAGCACUCAUCCACAAGCAGUGAGACGAUUGGUGCGCCACACGGCAUGGCCAACGAGCUGGCCAAUAACCCUGGCCGCCGACAGACCAUCAAGAUUGAGGAGCCCCAGCGACCGAGGGAUCAGGAACGAACAGUAAAGGAGGAAAUUGCAGAAGAGGCAGAGGUCAUUGGAAGAUCCAUCUUCCCCUUCUCGUUCCACAGGCAUCACAAGAAAGAAUCGCAAAACGAGCCUGCCCCAGAAAAUACUCUGACCAAGGUUCGAAGCCGCGUUGACACGUUCAGGUCUGCGCUGUCACGCGACAAAGUAGACGACAUGCCAUAUCUCAGUUUCACACCCACCCUAGGCCGAAAUUCUGCCUUUCCUGGUUUGACGCAGGAUCAACGCGAGGAACUCGGAGGAAUCGAGUAUCGAUCACUGAGAACGCUUGCUGUGAUAUUGCUGUGCUACUUCUGGGGAUUCUCGCUUUUUGCCAUCACUUGUUUCCUUCCUUGGGUCCACACCAGUUCCAACGACAAGUAUGGCAAUGUUAUCGAAUCGGCUGGUGUCAGCAAGGCAUGGUGGGGUAUAUUCACCGCGAACUCGGCGUUCAACGACCUGGGUCUUACCCUGACCCCUGACAGCAUGAACUCCUUCAACGAUGUGCCCUUCAUCCUCAUGAUCAUGUCGUUCCUUAUCAUCAUUGGCAACACUGGCUUUCCUGUCAUGCUCAGGUUCAUCAUUUGGAUUUUGUCAAAGGUUGUUCCCCGAGGUGGACUCCAUCAGGAGCUGCGAUUCCUGUUAGACCAUCCGCGUCGUUGCUUUACCCUGCUAUUCCCUGGGGGUGCAACUUGGUGGCUGUUCAGCAUUCUCAUCGGCCUAAACGUCCUCGAUCUCCUGUUCUUCGUUUUGCUUGAUCUUAACGACAAUGCUGUAAGCCAUCUGCCUGUACAUAUUCGCAUUGUCGAUGGUCUGUUCCAGGCCGCAUCGACCAGAACGGCUGGCUUUUCGGUGGUAAACAUAUCGGCUCUGCACCCGGCAGUUCAGGUUUCGUACAUGAUCAUGAUGUACAUUUCAGUAUUCCCGAUUGCUAUCUCUAUCCGUCGCACCAACGUCUACGAAGAGAAGUCACUUGGUGUUUAUCAUCACCCAGAUGAGGAAGUCGAGGGCACAAACGAGAACAGCGCCAUGUCCUACGUCGGAACCCAUUUGCGCCGCCAGCUGUCCUUUGAUUUAUGGUAUGUGUUCCUGGGGCUCUUUAUCUUGGCCAUCACCGAAGGGCAUCGCAUCCAGAACAAGGAUUUUGAUGUCUUCUCUGUUCUAUUUGAGAUUGUGAGCGCGUAUGGUACUGUCGGACUUAGUUUGGGUUAUCCAAACGUCAACGCAUCGCUAUGCUCACAGUUUACCACCGGAGGCAAGCUUAUUAUUAUUGCCAUGCAAAUCCGUGGACGCCAUCGUGGUCUUCCUUAUGGUCUAGACCGCGCUGUUCUUUUACCCAGCGAGUCUCGUUUUGAAAAGGAGGCCGAGGAGGCGCCUCUGCCAGUUCUCGUACGAUCUGCUACGGCCGCGUCGACUGGAACAGCGCUCAGCGCCAGUCGAUCUCACCUGAGAUCAAGAAGACAGAGCACCAACAGGGGAAAUAUCAACAUCUUAACUCAAUUCCUGCACCCAGGCCCUCCCAUGAACGCACAUGAAGAGAGUUUCUCUAGGCGCAGCAGAUCAUUCGAAGUUGGAGAGCAUCAUCUACCUAUAGCAGAGGAGAUGAGGAGGCGUGCCACGGAGCCGGUAGAGGACGACACCACUUCUACCGACUCCGGAAUAGUGCACCCUGCUCGAAGAGUAAAUACUACGCCAGCACGCUAA